AUUACCGUCCACCUCAAAUGAUCCCACCCAUCAAAGGAGGGGGUCCGAUGGGAGGGGGGGGCUCGUCCUCUUCGUCCACCAGCCGGGCCACCACCACGAGGUCUCCCCCCUUCUACACCACGCCCAGGCCUCUCCUCACCACCUCCCCCGGCCAGCGGUAUCGGACCACCACCACCGUCCGCCAGCCCAUCUUGAUCGCAGCCGGAGGUUCGUCGGACGACACCAAUCAGAUUCCCGACUCCAAUCAGAAAGGCGGGCGCUCCCCUCCCGUGCAGGCCGCUCCCGCUGUCCCGCAGCCCCCCGCCCUGCCGCCCCAAGACUUCUGCAGUCCGAGGGUCAUGGCGGACAUAUCGUGGCCUCGGACGCAGCAAGGCCAGAUGGCCAAGCAGCCCUGCCCUGUCGGGACUCUGGGCGUGGCUACAUACAUGUGCGUGGCCCAUUUGGGCUACUGGGAUCCCCAAGGCCCCGACCUCAGCAACUGCACGUCACCUUGGGUCAACCACAUCAUGCAGAAACUCCGCUCAGGCGAGACGGCGGCCAUCGUGGCCAGGGAGCUGGCAGAGCAGACCAAAGGACUCCUGCGUCCUGGGGAUGUGCCCUCCACCGUACGGGCCAUGGCCCAACUGGUGGAACUCCUGGACGUCCAGCUCAGAAACCUCACUCCUGGGGGCAAGGACAGCGCGGCCCGCAGCCUCACCAAGGCUAUGGUGGAGACGGUCAAUAAUUUGCUCCAUCCGCGAGCGCAGUCUGCCUGGAAGGAGCUACCCACCAGCGAGCAGCUGCAUUCGGCCACCCUGCUCCUGGACACGGUGGAAGCGGGUGCUUUCAUGCUGGCCGACAACCUCCUGAAGACCGACACCGUGCAGGAGACCACCGACUAUAUCCAGCUGGAGGUGGCCAGGCUGAGCACGGACGGCAACCUCGCAGACCUGAUGUUCCCUCAGUCAGAACAACACGGAAACUCCAUCCAGCUGUCAGCCAGCACUCUCAAACAGCACGGCCGAAAUGGUGAGAUCAGGAUGGCGUUUGUGCUGUACAGGAACUUGGGCGCCUACCUGCCCACCGAGAACGCCAGUGUCAGGCUGAGCGGUGACUCAGUCUAUCCCAAUUACUCCGUGAUCGUCAACUCCCCGGUCAUCACGGCAUCCAUUAACAAGGAGAGCAAUAAGGUUUACCUGUCGGAGCCCGUGGUCUUCACUGUCAAACACCUGCAGCAUUCGGAGAAGAAUUUCAAUCCCAACUGCUCCUUCUGGAGCUACUCCAAGCGCACCAUGACGGGAUUCUGGUCCACGCAGGACUGUCGUCUUCUAUUCACCAAUCGCACACACACCAGCUGCUCCUGCACCCACCUGACCAGCUUUGCCGUGCUCAUGGCCCACGUGGAGGUCAAGAAAACUGACAGUAUGCACGACGUGCUCCUGGAUGUCAUCACGUGGGUGGGCAUCCUGCUGUCGCUGGUUUGCCUGCUUAUCUGCAUCUUCACCUUUUGCUUCUUCAGAGGGCUACAGAGCGACCGCAACACCAUUCACAAGAACCUCUGUAUCAGUCUGUUCAUCGCCGAGUCGUUAUUCCUGGUUGGGAUCAACAAGGCCGAUCAGCCGAUUGUCUGCGCAGUCUUCGCGGCCUUGCUCCAUUUCUUCUUCUUGGCAGCGUUCACCUGGAUGUUCCUGGAAGGGGUGCAGCUCUACAUCAUGCUGGUGGAGGUGUUCGAGAGCGAGCACUCCAGGACUAAGUACUUCUACCUGGCAGGAUACGGAGUGCCUGCUGUCAUAGUGGCUGUCUCUGCUGCGGUGGACUACAGGAGCUAUGGCACCGAUAGAGUGUGCUGGCUGCGGCUGGAUACAUACUUCAUUUGGAGCUUCAUAGGGCCCGCUACACUCAUCAUUAUGUUAAAUGUAAUCUUCCUCGGUAUUGCCCUCUACAAGAUGUUCCACCACACAGCCAUCCUUAAGCCAGACUCUGGAUGUCUUGACAACAUCAAGUCAUGGGUCAUCGGCGCCAUAGCCCUGCUGUGUCUGCUCGGCCUCACCUGGGCCUUCGGCCUAAUGUACAUCAACGAGAGCACCGUGAUCAUGGCCUACCUGUUUACCAUCUUCAACUCUCUGCAGGGAAUGUUCAUCUUCAUCUUCCACUGCAUCUUACAGAAAAAGGUGCGCAAAGAGUACGGCAAAUGUCUGCGCACUCACUGCUGCAGCGGCAAGAGCGUGGAGACCUCCAUCUCCUCCUCCAGUAAGACCACCACCUCGCGGACGCCAGGCCGCUACUCCACAGGCUCACAGGUGAGCUUACCUGCCUGCACAGCCGGACGCUACAGCACAGCCGACUCACAGAGCCGCAUCAGGAGGAUGUGGAACGACACUGUGAGGAAACAGGAGUCCUCCUUCAUCACCGGAGACAUCAACAGCUCCGCCACGCUCAACAGAGGAGCCAUGGCUAAUCAUCUUAUAACUAAUGCUCUCCUUCGUCCCCAUGGUACUAACAACCCUUAUAACACUCUCCUGGGGGAUUCUGCAGUCUAUAACAACCCAGCCGUGGGCAUGUACAACACCCAAGAGGGCAUCUUGAACAACGCAAGAGACUCCAGUGUCAUGGAUACGCUCCCUCUGAAUGGCAACCAUGCAAACAACUACAGCAUGGCCAGCAGCGAGUACCUGAGCGACUGCGUUCAGAUUCUAGAUCGCAGCAGCGGCUACGGCACCCACAGCAACCACAAGGAGACCACCUUGGAGAAGAAGAUCCUGAAGGAGCUGACUUCAAACUACAUCCCGCCUUACCUCAACAACCACGAGCGGGCGACGACCGAGCGCAGCCACAACCUGAUGAACAAGCUGGUCAACAGCAGCCUGGCCAACGGAGGGAGCCUGCCCGGGGGCAGCAGCAGCAGCAGCAGCAGCGGGGUCGGCGGCUGCGUGGGCAGCGGCAAAGAGGACAACAGUCCCAUGGUGCUGGACAACCCGGCCGCCUUCCCCCACGAGGAGAACCUGGGCCUGGAGAUCAUCCGAGAGGAAUCCAACGCGCCGCUCCUGCCGCCGCGGCCCCCUCCCCCGGACAGCCACCCGCCGCCGCCGCCGCCCCCGCACAGCUUCUCCCGCCAGCGGCGCAUUCCCCAGGAGCCCAGCGAGAGCUUCUUCCCCCUGCUGACCAGCGAGCACACGGAUGAGCACACGCACUCGCCCAACCACAGAGACUCCCUCUACACCAGCAUGCCAGUGCUGACGGACCUCCCCGACGGGCAGAUGAACGGUCUAACGGACGGCGAGGAGGACAGCUCCGGGGAGCUGCAGCCCUGCAAGAGCGCCACCGCUCCGGAGCUGGACGACGUCUACUACAAGAGCAUGCCAAACCUGGGCUCCAGGAACCACCUCCACGAGCUGCAGAGCUACUACCACAUGGGUCGCGGCGGCAGCGACGGAUACAUGGUGUCCGGGAGCAAGGACGAGUCCGACUCGUCCCCUGAGGAGCCGCCCGUGGACCCUUCCCACCUUGUUACCAGUCUA